AUGACUAGACCGCCCAGGCCAGAGACUCGUCCCAAGGAACCCAAUUCUUGCGUUUUACCCAGGGUAAAGGCCUCCACCGCUAGCUGCCUUUCCCAAGGGGUCCGGCGCAGGGGCAUCCUGACACCGCCUGGGGGAUGCCUGCGAGCCCCGGUGCCCGCAAAGCAGCCCCGGCCGCGCGCCCGCUUCUCUCCAGGUAACUGCCCGGUCCUCCCCAGCGCUCCCUGGAGACGUCAGCCUCUGUGCCCGCCGCAGACACGCACUCCCGGACUGGCUCCCCGCUCCCUGCGCACCCGGCGAUCCCAGGGUCAGAACCCCCUACCUGGGGGCAGAUGCGCCCGGCAGCAUCGGUGGCGCCACGGGGCAGAGCGGAGCGUCAGGGGCCGGCCUCAAGCCCGGACGACUUCCCGGGGGAAGAGGAAGCUGCGCCGCCUCCGCUGCUGCCGCCGCCGCCGCCGCCACCGCGUCUCUCCGGACCGCGCCGGGGCUGCGGGAAGGAGGAAGCCCUCCUACAAGCGCUCCCCGGAAGGGGGGGGCGGGGGGGCGGGGGUGUCGCUCCACUCCCCUCACUCCCCUUUCCACACCUUCUGGGACAUUCCUUCGGCCCCGUCUGACAAUCCGUCUGUCGGUCUCUGGCCUCUCCCAAGCCUGCGUCUUCUGACAGACCCUUCUAGGCCUUUUCCUUGGGGCUCUGCGGGAGACUUGCCCCCAAAGGCCUUCACUCUCCUUGACUUGAACCCUGAGUGUUUCCGGGAGCCUGGAACCUGCAGAGGGACUGGGGCAGCUCUCUCCACUGCAGAUACCUGCCAGCGGCUGAUGAUUUGUUCAAUGCCUGUCUGCUAAGGGUCUUUUAGGUGCCUGGGCGGGCUGGGCUACAGCAGAAUACAAAACAGACCAAAUCUUUGCCCUCGGGUAUAGUUGGCCUUUGUAAA